AUGGCCAGGGCAAAUAAUGUGACCGAGUUGAUUAUCACUGGCCUUUUCCAGGAUCCAGAGCUGCAGCAGGUGUGCUUUGUGCUGUUUCUUCCUGUGUACCUGGCCACGGUGGUGGGCAAUGGCCUCAUUGUUAUAACAGUUAGUGUCAGCAAGGGUCUGCAUUCUCCCAUGUACACCUUCCUCAGCUCUCUGUCUAUGGUAGAGAUCUGUUAUUCCUCUACUGUUGUCCCAAAAUUCAUCACUGACUUACUUGCCACAAUUAAAACCAUCUCUCUGAAGGGCUGUCUGGCUCAGAUAUUCUUCUUUCAUUUCUUUGGGGUUGCUGAGAUACUUUUGCUGGUGGUGAUGGCCUAUGACCGCUACGUGGCCAUCUGCAAGCCUCUUCAUUACAUGAACAUAAUGAGUCGUCCAGUGUGUCACAUGCUGGUGUCUGGUUCCUGGCUAGGAGGAUUCGUUCACUCCAUGGUCCAGAUUCUCAUCACCAUUCCGCUGCCCUUCUGUGGUCCCAGUGUGAUUGACCACUACUUCUGUGACCUCCAACCACUAUUCAAGCUUGCCUGCACCGACACCUUCAUGGAGGGGAUUAUUGUGAUGGCCAACAGUGGCUUAAUCUCUAUUGUCUCACUCCUCAUCUUGGUGUCUUCCUACAUCAUCAUCCUGUUCAACUUGAGGAACCACUCUGCAGAGGGGAGGCGUAAGGCCCUCUCCACCUGUGCCUCUCACAUCACAGUUGUCGUCUUGUUCUUUGGACCUGCCAUCUUCCUUUAUCUGCGCCCCUCCUCUACCUUCACUGUAGAUAAACUUGUGGCUGUAUUUUACACAGUCAUUACCCCCAUGCUGAACCCCAUCAUCUAUACACUCAGAAAUGCAGAGGUGAAAAAUGCCAUGAGGAAGUUGUGGGGCAAAAAGGACUCUGUGAGUGAGUGAA